GCCGGGCAGGUUGUGCCCGCCGGGCCCUCCUCCCUCGCUCCCUCCCCGCCCGGCGGAGAGGGGUCGGGGGAGGGGGCAGCAUGGCCUGUCCGUCCGGCCCCUUUUCCAGCGCUCAUCUGCCCCGGGAGUGCGGCGCCGCUCCUCGCUGGGAGAAGAGGUCCGAAUGGAGACAGACGGCAGCCAGCCCGGCCUCGCCUCCCCGGACUCCCCGCACGACCCCUGCAAAAUGUUCAUCGGGGGACUGAGCUGGCAGACCACGCAAGAGGGCUUGCGGGAGUACUUCAGCCAGUUCGGCGAGGUGAAGGAGUGCCUGGUGAUGCGGGACCCGCUGACAAAGAGAUCCAGGGGCUUCGGGUUCGUCACGUUCAUGGACCAGGCUGGCGUCGACAAGGUCCUGGCCCAAUCCAGACAUGAACUGGACUCCAAGACGAUUGACCCGAAGGUAGCGUUCCCUCGCCGAGCACAGCCCAAGAUGGUGACCCGAACGAAGAAGAUAUUUGUGGGUGGUCUGUCCGUGAACACUACUGUGGAGGAUGUGAAGCAAUAUUUUGAGCAGUUUGGGAAGGUGGACGAUGCGAUGCUGAUGUUUGACAAGACAACCAACCGACACCGAGGAUUUGGGUUUGUCACGUUUGAAAGUGAAGACAUUGUGGAGAAAGUGUGUGAAAUCCACUUCCACGAGAUCAACAACAAAAUGGUGGAGUGUAAAAAAGCCCAACCGAAGGAGGUGAUGUCCCCCACGGGCUCGGCACGAGGGCGGUCCCGAGUCAUGCCUUACGGGAUGGAUGCCUUCAUGCUGGGCAUCGGCAUGCUGGGUUAUCCAGGCUUCCAAGCUGCCACCUACGCGAGUCGAAGCUACACGGGCAUCGCGCCUGGCUACACUUACCAGUUCCCUGAGUUCCGUGUAGAGCGGACCCCUCUCCCGAGUGCCCCCGUCCUCCCCGAGCUCACAGCAAUCCCCCUCACCGCGUACGGACCGAUGGCGGCAGCGGCGGCCGCGGCGGCCGUGGUGCGAGGGACAGUUCUGCUGCCUCCUGUAGGUUCCACCCCCAGUCGCACCGGUGGGUUCCUGGGCACCACCAGCCCCGGGCCCAUGGCAGAGCUUUAUGGAGCCGCCAACCAGGACUCAGGGGUCAGCAGUUACAUCAGCGCUGCCAGCCCGGCCCCGAGCACCGGCUUCGGCCACAGCCUGGGGGGUCCCUUGAUUGCAACAGCUUUUACCAAUGGAUAUCACUGAAGCUGGGGACCAAGGAGGCAGGAGAUUCCCCAGUGACCUGACCCCGGACAGCGGCCGGAGGAUCUGGUGAGCCUCGGGGGAUGAGCCACGGGUCCCUUUUCCCGAGUCCAACUGCACACUGCCGCCGGCUCCAGGCUCCUGCCGCCCUGCCCGAGCCCUCCCUUUGCCCAGACCACACUGGACUGAACCCCAGGAGAUCAUCUCGCUUUCUUACUAACCAGCGACGGUUUACGCUCCCCCUGCCCCUGCCCCCGACUCUUCUUUUAUUUAUUUUAUUAGCUGUUAGGUUUAUUUUUUUAUUUUAUUUUUUUAUCUUUUUGGGGGCCGCCCCUGCUUUUUGUUGUUUGCUCUUUCCCGAGCUAGUAGACGGUAUUUGAUGAAUUGGCUUUGUGAUUGUGUUAGGUAGUUUUUAUCGAGGAGUAUUUUUAUUUGGCUUUGAAACUGUUUUUGAAUCUUUUCGACUCUGUUGUUGUUGUCGUCGGUGUUUUUAAAGCACGGUGUGUAACCAGAAUGCAGUUCUGAAGGGAAGAACGAGACACAGGGAGAGCAAAGCCUGAGAGGAACUGAUGUAUUUCUAUUUUUUUUAAAGAAACUGUUUUUAAUUGUUUCUGUUUUGUAAAUGUGAGGCUUUGAGAAGUGUGAAACUCCAAGGAUCUGAAAGCGUUGGACAUCGCUAUGGAACAAAACAAAUGUAUAUUUUGCUAAGUGAGAAACACUAUCCUUACGGCUGAAAGGCUUUUUUUUGGUUGUUUUUCCUAGAUUUAGGUUUACGUGGGGUUUUUCUUUUUCCUCCUGUAUAAUAUGUAAAUAUCGCGAGCUGAACCUGGCUGCAGCCUGGCUCCAAGGAGCAGCUCCAGGCCCUGGGCUUGGGGCCGCAGCGUGAGCAAUACUCUCCAGCAGAAUCCUGACAGGACUCCGUUCUUUUUUUGUACACCUUUUACUGUAAGAUUUUCAGACCUCUUGAUGAGAUGGA